AUGAUUAUCGUCGGAUUGACUGGAGGAAUUGCAAGUGGGAAAUCCACCGUUUCGACCAGAUUAAAGGAGUAUCACCAUUUGACAAUCGUGGAUGCUGAUAAGAUUGCCAGAGACAUAGUUCAGCCAGGAGAACCGGCAUACAACGAUAUUGUCUCGUAUUUUGGACCAAAAAUCUCAAACCUUGUACUUGAGGGUGGAUCAUUGAAUAGAACUGCAUUGGGAAAACAUGUUUUUGAGGAUAAGUCAGAAUUACACGUCUUGAAUGGGUUCACUCAUCCACGUGUGCGGAAGGCCAUGUUCUGGGGCGUUGUGAAGGCCUACUUUAGUUUACAAAGAGCCGUUGUUUUGGACGUACCCUUGCUAUUUGAAUCAAAACUCGAUCGCUUUUGUGGAAUCAAUAUCUGUGUUCUAUGUGAUUCGAAAACCCAGCUAUCGCGACUCCAGGCCCGAAACCCGGAUCUUAGUCUGGAGGACUGCAAAAAUCGAAUUGCGAACCAAAUGUCGAACGAGGAGAGGAUCAAAAGGGCAGAUAUUAUACUUGAUAACAACUCCAGUCUGGAGGAGUUAUACUUGAAGCUUGACAAGACGGUCAAUAACAUUGUGCCCAGUUAUAUCAAGACCGUUUUGCAGUUGGUGAUAUUUCCGUAUGGAAUACUGUGUGGCAUUAGCUCAUAUCUAUUUAAGACAAAUCGUCAGGCCCAAAGCUGA